AUGGCGUUUGCCACGACACACCUGACCAGAAACGAGGAGAGAGGGCUAUCAGCUGCACCUUCCUUGGAAUCCUUUGUGACUGGCCUUUGCUUCAUCAUCUGCUCAGCAUCGUGUACAAUCCUUACUGACUGCGGGCAAGCGAAGACGUGGUUGUGCUUGGGGGCCUGUGGCUGCUGCUUGAUGUUCCUGCUUGCUCUAAGGGCAAUGCAGGGUAGGCAAGCUACCAAAGCGGCAGGCAAAGUGCAAGAUGUCCAAAGCAGCCAAUCCAAGGAGGCUCUCCUUAGUGAGAUGUCUGACAUGCGAGCCCAGCAUCCAAAACUUCUCACCAAGAGGGUGUCCAAGUUCAGGCACUUUGACGGUUCGGUGCUACAAGUGAUACAUGAGAACGCCACCUUGGCGGUCAAAGCAAUUGAGUGCAAAGACUUGCCGCGUGAUAAGAUCGCAAUGAUCAUUGCUGCGGUUUACUCGCUGACCACCCAGCGCAAGAAAUGGGGGAAGCGGCCGGAUGAGACGUGGGGGACAUUUUUGACCAAGCUGGAUACCAUCUUGACACGCCAUUCGAAGUCAAGUCAACCGAGCGUUUUGAUGCCACCAGAGGCUUGGUACGAGAUCAGCUGCUGGUGUUCUCGCCACUCACCGCAGAAGCUCCAGUCCAUUGUUGAGACUGCAAUCAAGUUGCAUAAGGCGCCUGGACAGGAGGUGGUGUGGGAGCUUGCGAGGAUGCUGGAUACGACGUUGGAUGCGGCUCAGGCGGUGUGA